AUGUCGGCGCCCUACGAAGUCAGGAUGAACGAUAACGGCAGGAACAAGAAGCAGUCGAUGGCAGAGCUGAAGCUUAGGAGGCUCACGGAGCUUAACCAGAGGCUGCAGGAGGAUCUGAACCGAAGAAGGAUACCAGUGUCGGAGGCGGCGAUGGAUCUGAUCGCCUUCACCGACAAGGAGCCGAAAGACUUCAUGGUGCCCAGUCGUUGGGGCACGAUCGACAAGCGCGAAGACCCAUACGCCCCUCAACAAUCCAACGGCUGCUGCACAAUGAUGUGA